AUGGGCCCCUGUACCGCCUCCUCAUGCUGCUGCCAGGCCCGUAAUCUGCCAUGGGCCCCCGUACCGACCUCCUCAUGCUGCUGCCAGGCCCGUAAUCUGUCAUGGGCCCCUGGCACUCCCGCCUCCUCAUGCUGCUGCCAGGUCCAGAGUCUCUCAUGGGUCCCUGUACGGCCUCCCAUUGCUGCUGUCUCCAUCGCCACACUCUGCCAUGUGCCACUUUCAGGUCUCCUCACACUGCUGGUGUGUUCCAUUUUGUCAUGGGGUGCUGGCAGAUUACGGGCCUCCCAUUGCUGCUGCCAGGCCCGUAAUCUGCCAUGGGCCCCUGUACCGCCUCCUCAUGCUGCUGCCAGGCCCGUAAUCUGUCAUGGGUCCCUGUACGGCCUCCCAUUGCUGCUGUCUCCAUCGCCACACUCUGCCAUGUGCCACUUUCAGGUCUCCUCACACUGCUGGUGUGUUCCAUUUUGUCAUAGGGUGCUG